AUGAAGAAGGGGUCCUUGGGACCACCUUUGAUCCCCCCCAUACGCAAGGCACUAAGUCCCCCUCUUGGCAGUGCUGCGGGGUCUCUGCAAAGCUCUCCGCAGCUGGAAUGCCAGGAGUCCCAGGAGAUGAGGCCAGAAUGCAGCAGCCAAAACAAAGAGAACUGUGAAGAUGCAGGCCUCCGACUGAGCCAGGCCAAGGAGACAGAUCAUCCCACCAGUCCUGGUCUCACGAGUGACAAAGACCUGAGGGACGGCUUUGGAAAGAUCCGUGCUGCGUUGUGCAUGUUGGCUCAGAAGAACUUAGAGCGGAAGGAUGCAGAGCUCUUUGAGAGAGAGAUGAAGAAAAGGAGACAAAGGAAAACAUCCUCGCAGCUUCUUCCUGAGACAGUCGAGCCUGGGGAUGCAGCUGAAGCAACCUUUAGCCUACCACCUGUCGAUGGCACAGCUUCUAGAGGGCAGAGGAAACACCCUGGUAGUGCCUUGAAGAAGAAGGUCUUGAGGAAGCAGGACAACAUGCCCUUACUGCCCAGUAUGCCCAUCAUCCAUGGGGAUGGCAGCUUCCCACGCGGCUCCUCAGUGACCUCGCAGACGGCCACUGGUGCCGAGCGCCGAGAGGAGCCGCUCCGUGGGCAUGGGCAGAAGGACACGGCCUCUUCAGAUCCACAGCAGUCCUUGCUGGAGGCACUCUCCUUGCUCGGCAGCGAUGACUGGGAGCUGAAGGAGAAGGGACUCUUCAAGAUCAGACACCUGGCUGGGUCCCAUUCAGAGGUCCUGCUGUGUAGACUUCGUGACGUUUGCUUGGCAGUUACCAGCCAGGUGACCAACCUCCGUUCCAAGGUGUCCUACUCUGCAAUCGUCACUCUGGGAGAGCUCUUUGUGACCUUGAAGAAGGAGAUGGACUCUGAGGUGGAUGAGGUUGCUCGGGUCCUUCUCCAGAUGGUGUCAAACUCCCCAGAAUUUGUUCAGAAAGCAGCCAGUCAGACCCUGGGGAUCAUGGUGGAGACUGUGACUCCUGCACGAGCAAUGACUGCCCUCAUGGACAUGGGAGUCAAGAGCCGCCACGCCCAGGUGCGGAAGUGUGCGGCCAAACUCCUCCUGUCCCUGCUGGAGAGAAUUGGAGUCACAAAGCUCGCAGGCACCCCCAGGGCUGAGCGGCUGGCACACGUGGCAGGGAAGCUUGCUCAGGACUGUCACAAGGACACAAGGCAUUAUGGACAGGAGAUGGUGAAGAUGUUGCUCAAUCAUCAAAGAUUCAAAAUGCUUUUGGAACAAUCUCUUGCCACCUGUGACCUGGAAGAUAUUCUGAGAAGAAUUAAGAAGAAAGGGAUGGAAAACCAGAAGGGUGAAUGCCCAUCUGUCAAGGAGCCAGUGAAGAAGAGGAAUGAUGGCUCAAAGAAGCCCCAGGCCACAUUGUCUUCUCGUAAACGGGUGAAAUCUACCUCUGAUGGACACCUCCUACACCGUGCAAAAGCCCAGGUCACGUUACCUCCAGCUGUGGAAGGAACGGAGCUGCUCCAGAAGCUUUACAAUCUCCUGGAAGCCAAGGGCUUUCAGACACGGCUGGAAGGAGUGGCACUCCUCCAAGACCUGUGUAAAACCAGCCCCCAGCUCAUCUCCACUAACAUUGUCCAAAUUUUUGAUUAUUUUGUCCUGAGAAUAUCUGACAGCCACAAGAAAGUGAAGCAGAAGGCGCUGGACGUGCUGGCUGAAAUCACAGGCGUGCUGAAAGGUGCCUUGAACCCGGUGGUCAUCGGUUUGGUGGAAGGAAUAACAAAGAACCUGAACUCCAAGGAUCCCAGGGUUCGUGCCGCAGCUGUGAAAGCCCUGGAAGAAGCCAUUGCUCAUUUAGAUAAAGUAUCACUGCUGAAAGAGUUCAGCUACCAAUGGAAUCAACUGAGUGGCCAAGCUCUGCUGGAUGUCACCGAGCGUAUCACAGUGCUUGUGGAGUGGGUUUAUGCCAGCAGCCCUGAAGUGGUCCAGCGCUACGCCCUGCCCGUGCUCUGGUCCUUCCUGGAGAACAAGGCGCUGCCUGUCCGAAGCGCCAAUGUCCGCACUGUGGCCACCAAGCUUGCCUCUGCCCUCUACAAGGGGAUGGGCACCAAGCUGAAGAAAUGUGCUGCCAGCAAGCCUCCACAUUCAUGGCAGGGGGGCCUGAAGCAACUCCAGAGUGAGGACAAGGUGAAGGCGAUCAUGGCUCAGCCUCACACAGAGAUCUGA